AUGGUACAAACCCUCCUAACUGAUUACACAAACACAGUCUUAUCUUCUAAUAAGAGUCCCUUUCUCACCUAUCAAUCUACUCACAAUAGCCAGAGAAUAGCAACACGCCUUGAUUAUAUCUUCAUUGAAGCUACUUUAAAUCAUCACAUACCUUUGGCUCACAAUGGAGAUUCAGGAACAUCCCGGAGCUUAGAGUGGGUAUCCUGGGGAAAAUACAAGAAACCCAUGACACCUCAGACUGGAACUACU